GUACAGAUCGCCAAUUGUUGUGGCGCACCAAACUUUCUUCGGCUAAACAAUCGGUUGUAACAACUUGAGAUACGAGUACGAGCGUUGAGAGAUACGCUUGAACCAUUUGAGUUGCAUUUGCAGUGUGUAUCCGGUCAGUACGAGUUUAUACUAAUGUGUCGCAGCAAGCUUCUACAGAAGUCAGCGAAUACUGAUAAAGACACUGCCGAGUCAGCGACGACAACAAACAACAGCGGAAUUAGCGAUAGUUCAGGUACAGGGAUUGCCGCUGCAACUAACGGUCAUUAUAAAAUGGUGAAUAAAACUUGCACCGAAAUGGCGCUUUCCAAGGUCGAUGCCAACAACUCUGAAUUGGAUCAGGAGCGUUACUUACGUGAUGCUACACAUCAUUUUCGUGGCAUAGAAAAACCUCUCAAAUAUGGUCCCACCAUUGAUAAUCUAACGGAUCUGAUCUCGGCCCUUCACAAAGAAUUCGAAACGAGCUAUGUAAAUAUAGAGAUGGUUAAUCACAUAAUGUUGACAUAUAAGUCGAAUCCGCGGGAAUGGAAACGUUUCGCUAAGUUUGAUCGUUAUAAAUACACACGCAAUUUGGUUGACGCCGGUAACGGUAAAUUCAAUUUGAUGAUCCUAUGCUGGGGUGAAGGCCAAGGCUCAGCCAUACACGAUCAUGCCGAUUCACAUUGUUUUAUGAAAAUGCUUAAGGGUGAUCUACAGGAGACAAGGUAUGAAAUGCCAUGUACCAAGGCUAUAGAUAUGCCCAGUGUAGAUAUUGGUCAAACUAAUGAUGACGAUGAUGAUGAUGAAGAAUUCAAUAGCGAAGAAUUGAAGACGAUAGGCUCUUCAUCGAUUAGUUUGAAUGAUGUUGCCUAUAUAAAUGAUAAUCUUGGCUUGCACCGAGUGGAAAAUCCUAGUCACAUCGAGACGGCGGUGUCGCUUCAUUUGUAUUGUCCCCCCUUUGAGGAGUGCUCUGUCUUCCAUAAGAACUCUGGCAAGCGUAUAAAGUGUCCUGUGACCUUUUGGAGUAAAUAUGGUGUGCGUCAGCAUCAGUCCAAAUAAUAGAAUUUCACCGUAUGAGAUUUUUUCCUUUUGCAUAUCA